AUCACCCGUCUCCCUCUCUCUCUCUCUCUCCCCGCGGUCAACCCACCAUUUUGACUACGCGACUUGCUGUGAAGAAGCGACAGAAACGCAAAGGUUUUGCAUCAAUUCGCCUCCGCUGAUUCGAUCGUGUCUUCGAUCUCAAGACUCCACCUUUUCCUCCUACUGCGCGAUUCCUCGUGUGCUGAUAUGAAUAGUUCCAGCGGUUCUGCCGCUGGUCCGAGCUCCGGAUCGGGGGAUGGAUCGGCUCCCAGGAGGAAUUCGAAGCGGCCAAAGUAUUCCAAGUUUACACAGCAGGAGCUUCCAGCUUGCAAACCAAUCCUUACUCCAAAAUGGGUGAUCUCUGUGUUCACACUUGUUGGCGUCAUCUUCGUCCCCAUCGGUAUCGCCGCGCUUAUGGCCUCCAACAACGUUGUCGAAAUCGUGGAUCGAUAUGAUACAGAGUGCAUACCAGCAAACAUGACCGGUGACAAGGUUGCAUACAUACAGAAUGAUGAUAUCAUCAAAACUUGCACUAGAAAUCUCACGGUACCAAAAGAUAUGGAUCAGCCUAUCUAUGUCUACUAUCAACUUGAUAACUUCUAUCAGAAUCAUAGGAGGUAUGUGAAGAGCCGAAAUGAUGCACAAUUGAAGGAUGCUGAUCAAGCAAAUAAGACUAGCGGAUGUGAUCCUGAAAAGACCACAAAAGAUGGAUCUCCAAUUGUCCCUUGUGGUCUUAUAGCAUGGAGUUUGUUCAAUGACACUUACAACUUUACCCUAGGCAACAAAAAUUUGUCUGUAAACAAGAAUGGCAUUUCUUGGAAGAGUGACCGGGAUCACAAAUUUGGAAAAGAUGUCUUCCCAAAGAAUUUUCAAAAUGGAAUUUUACGAGGUGGUGCAAGCCUAGAUUCAAAUAAACCUUUGAACAAGCAGGAGGAUCUCAUUGUAUGGAUGCGCACUGCUGCCCUUCCAACAUUUAGAAAGCUUUAUGGGAAAAUACAUCAGGAUCUUAAAGCAAAUGAUAUUAUAAUGGUGACACUGGAGAACAAUUACAAUACAUAUAGUUUUAAUGGCAAGAAAAAAUUGGUGCUAUCCACCUCAAGCUGGCUUGGUGGGAAAAAUGACUUCCUUGGCAUAGCAUAUCUGACCAUUGGAGGGCUAUGCUUCUUUUUGGCCACAGCCUUUACAGUCGUAUACUUGGUGAAACCUAGGAAGCUUGGCGAUCCUUCAUAUUUGUCAUGGAAUAGGAAUCCUUCUGGGCACUAAAAGCUUGCAAGCUUGUAUAAAUAUACUAUAAAGUUUUUGCAUGUAUUAGAAAUUAAUAUACUGUUGUACACGGAUAUAUGCUUUGUGUUUCAUCUAUGUUAUGGUGUUCUAUCAAAAAACCGAACAUGACUAGAUGAUUAGCUUAGGGUUUUAUUGAACUUCUCAUUCCUCC